UUUGUAAUAACCCGUGGUGUCUGAGUAGCGUUUUUUGUGUAGCUAUCCGUUGUUCGUCAUGUUUUUGUCUCAUUCCGAGCCGUGGAAGGUAUUUCUGGAAUACGCUUCUAGACCCUGCACUGUUCUCCUCGGCGCCAUUACCGCAACACUGUACUUCCUUUGGGGCCGAGAGGGACAGGUCCCAGUUCUAGUGUGUAGUGAUGGGUUCCGUAUGUUCCUACAGCGGUACUGUCCCGUGGUGUCGGAACGGUUCCGACCUACUCCAUGGUGCUGGGGAGGUCGUGUGCAGACACUGGUCCGGGUGCUCAUCAAAUCCAGUCCUGCUGUCACCUACAGAAAUGAGUUGAUCAGGACUCAGGAUGGAGGUCAGGUUUGUCUGGAUUGGGUCGAUAACUCAGAGAGUGCUGAGUACCCAGACUGCUUGACUAGGCCAACAGUUCUGAUUCUACCGGGUCUGACUGGUAACAGUCGGCAGACCUACGUCCUGCAUGCGGUCAGUCAGGCGAUGCGCCGCGGCUAUCGAUGUGUGGUGUUCAAUAACAGGGGUUUUGGAGGGGAGGAGCUACUGACUCCUCUGACCUUUUGUGCUGCAGACACCUCUGACCUUGAGCGUGUCAUCCAGCACGUCAGACAAGUUUACCCACAGGCACCGCUGGUUGGCACUGGAGUGUCCUUAGGAGGGAUGUUACUGCUGAACUACUUGGCUCGUAGAGGUAAAGAGUCUGGGCUGCUGGCUGGUCUUGCUAUGUCUGUGAGCUGGGACACAUUUGAGUCCAGUGCUUCCCUGGAACAGCCAAUCAACAAGCUGCUCUUCAACCGCCACCUCACCAGUAACCUCUGCCGCGCCAUCAAGAAACAUAGGAGGAUACUGGAGACUGUGGUUGACGUGGACCAUGUCUUGAAGGCCCGGACCAUUCGUGAGUUUGAUGAGCGUUACACAUCAGUGAUGUUUGGGUAUAAGUCCUGUGUGGAUUAUUACCAGGCUGCCAGCCCAGGUUACAAACUACCCCACACUGCUGUUCCUGUUCUCUGCCUCAAUGCUGCUGAUGAUCCCUUCUCCCCAAAACAUGCUAUCCCGGUGGCUCUAGCCAAGCGUUUGCCCAACGUUGCGCUUCUGGUAACCGCUCACGGGGGCCACAUCGGCUUUUUGGAGGGUCUUUUCCCUCGUGGGGAGGGCUACAUGGAUCGAGUGUUUGGCCAAUUCAUUCAGGCAGCGUUUGAACACCCCCAAGACCUGAAAGUGGCAUGUGGGAUCACGGAGUGACAACGUCAGCGAGUAACCAUCUCUCUGUGCUGUCACUGUCAGCUCCUUUCUGAAUAUCCAAAAGAUGCCCCUUCGCUCCUGUUGUGACUUACUAUACCUUGGUGCAGCUCUGAGAUUGUCUAAAAAGUUUAAAAGAAUUGCUGAAAAGCAGUGACAGCAGCCGCACACAGAAACCAUGUUUCCAUGGUGCUGCUAUAGAGAGGCAGAACUAUGUGGUGCUUUGUUGCAGUUUGAAAGAACUGAUGCAAGCGCCAGUUUCCCAUCAGACUGCACUGACUAAGAGCUGCACCAGUUUGGCCUCUCGGACUCUCAGCUACGCUGGGGAAGAUGUAUUCGUCAGUCAAAGAUUUUUUUUUUUUUAAUCUGAGCCACAGUGUGUGAGCUGCAUUGCUUGCAUGUGAGAAUGAAACAGCACCAAGGUGAAGUAAGGCCAAUGGAAGCUGUAGGCCAGCGUUUCUCAAACUCCGGUCUGCAGACCGGCGGAGGGGCGGGGCAAGGAAACUGCCAGGUCCCAGCCCCCUUGACUGAACUUCUUGCUUUGAAAAUAGUAACAAUUGUAACUG